AUGGCCCAGCAGGUCCGCCUCGUCCAUGUAGUGUGUCGUCAGCAAGAUCGUGUGCGAGAACGACAUGCGCUUCAGCAGCUCCCACGUGUGGCGACGGGCACCAACGUCCAUGCCGGCGGUCGGNCCAUCCACCAUGAUCGCAACGCGAUGCGCCAGCGCCUCCACCUCCUCCAGGUGGUGCGUCGUCAGCACAACAGAACAGUUGUCGGCCACCGCCUUUAUUGCGUUCCACAGCCCGCGGCGCGCAACAGGGUCCAUGCCGGCGGUCGGUUCGUCGAGGAACACAAGGCGGCUCUCGCCCACGAACGCAAUACCAACGGACAGCUUCCGCUUCUGCCCACCGGAAAGGAACCGCGACAGGGAGUGUUCCUUGUCUUUAAGACCCACAGCCUCCAACAUCUGCUCGACUGCCACAUCUUGUUCAUCCCUCGUCAGGCCCUUGAUCGACGCGUAGUAGCACAGGUGCUCGCGGCACGUCAGCUCGGGCCACAGGAUAUUGUGUUGCGGGCAGAACCCAAUCUGCUGCCGCACCUGUGA